UGGGCUCCUCUCGCGCUUUCUUAUUCGUCGGAUAGUGGCGAGUCAGUGACUCUGGCUCCCGUGACACCGUCAUCGUCAUCCGUCAUCCGUCAUCGUCGCGUCCGACGUCGAAGCGCGUCCACCUGAGCCCGGUCGCCCCAGUCGGCCCGCAAUACCCGUCCGAAUACCAGAGUGCCGUGUCCGCGACCGGCUAUCCAUGAAUUUAGUGCCGAAUGCUCUUGUCAUCACUAAUAUUCGACUCGCUGUAGUGUUGAAUUACUUUGACCAGUGAUAACACGUAACCGAUAAGUGAUCCAGAUCAAUGAAAUAAGAUGACGAAGAGCCUGUCCCCCCACUCGGCUGACAACGAUGUCAGCCCGGAGUCUCCUCAGCCGCGCGAGACGAUGGCGUCGGUGUUGCAGGCGACCCUGGGCGUCCCUGAGGAAACGAAGCGGAGGGUGAGCAUAUCCCUGGACGCCAUCCAAGCCGACGAGCAGAAGCACGGGGAUCACAGCAGCCCCAACUCCAUGCACAGCCGAUACCAGUACACAAAUCCCUCCUUCACGUCCUCCGAGGGCGGAAUCAACGGAUCUGGACCGCCUGGUGCUUUCCACAAACGACCUUCAUGGGCAGACUUAGGUAAAAGUUGUAUGCACAACUCAAGCAGAAAGUCAUAUUCUCUAGAUGAUACAGACAAUGAAAAACAAGAAGACUCUUGUUGGUUUUGGUUCUGCCUGAAAUGUCGACAGAAAGAGGUUGGCCCGGGUUGGGAACCAUGGUUCUGGACGAGCGUCUGCCCGCACCCCUUCUGCCCGUCAUACAGGCACGUAGCGCGGGUGGUAUCACACUUCAUCCUCGGCUUCUUGCUGUGGGGCAUCCUGUACACGCUGAUGGGCCACGACGUGGCGCCAGGCGGGCAGCUCUUCAACAUCGCCCUCCUCUGUAUAUCGGCCAAUUUCGGGGGGUGGGUCUUCCGAAUGCUCACCAUACCCCCUCUUGUCGGAAUGCUCCUCGUCGGUAUGCUCUACCAGAAUAUCGGACUCAUCGAUAUACACCCUCCAUACGUCAAAGUUGUGGCCACUUUCAGGAAAAUUGCGCUAGUGGUACUAUUAACUCGGGCAGGACUGGAUUUGGACCCAUCGGUGAUGCAUAAACUAUGCGGAACGAUAUUGAGGAUAGGUCUCGUACCGUGGAUUGUGGAGGCAGCUUGCGUCUCUUGCGGUGCUUACUGGAUCUUUGGCAUGCCCUGGCUCUGGGCCACUCUUUUUGGAUCCGUUGUUGCGGCAGUCUCUCCGGCGGUCGUUGUACCGGCGCUACUCAAGCUGCGGGGCAAAGGGUACGGCAUAGCCAAAGGGAUUCCUACAUUGAUAAUCGCUGUUUCCGGGAUUGACGAUGCAGCAUCCGUUGUUGCUUUUGGAAUCCUCUACAAUGCCAUAUUCUCUGAAGAGUCCUUCACCUACACCCUUCUCGUUGGUCCCAUGUCAAUUAUUGGAGGCAUUGGCUUCGGGACAAUGUGGGGUUUGCUUUCAAAGUACAUUCCGGAAAAAGAGGAUCCGUACGUGGUGCCCAUAAGGAUUCUCACUUUGUUAGGUGGAGGGCUUAUUGCUGUGUUCGGUAGUGAGUACCUCGGUAUGGAGGGGGCUGGACCCCUCGGUGUCAUCGCUGCAGCCUUUAUGUGCAGCCUGUUCUGGUCCAAGCAAGGGUGGGAGGUUGGAGAGAAUCCAGUCUCAACCGCUUUCGAAAUAUUUUGGAUGAUUUUCGAACCCAUUCUUUUCGGUUUGACCGGCACACAAAUCAAAAUCAAUGAAAUGAACCCUCAAGAUACGACCAUGCUGGGCGCUAUUCUACUGGGCAGCAUUGUUGCAAGAAUGUUGAUCACCCUGAUCGUCUGCAUUGGAGCAAAACUGAAUACAAAAGAGAAAAUUUUUACCGGAUUUGCUUGUAUGACCAAAGCCUCGGUGCAGGCGGCGCUGGCUCCCGUGGCAUUGGAAACAGUGCGGAAAAUGCAGGGGUCAGACAUGGAGGUGGAGUUCGCCCGGACGAUGUCCCUAGGGUGUAUCCUCUCGAUCCUGAUGACAGCACCGCUAGGGGCGCUCAUCCUGGCCAUGACCGGGACGCGAUUGCUGACCAAGACGAAGGCAUCUCCGGCGCCGCCGCAGGGAUGGCGUCGCGGCGCUCGCCCCUCCCUCCGUGACAUCACCAUCACCGACGAGCCAAUGGAUGAAGAGGACCCUGAGCCAGGGCCCGACUCCGAGCGCAAAGAAGAAUCCAGCUGAGGUCACGGCUGAAACCGCAUGGACCAUGCGGUCAGCCAUUGAUCCCAAGAGAACACUGAAAAAUUGGAUCAAAAAAGGGAUUUUCUUUAUUUAUCGAAGAACUUUGUCUUUGAAUUGAAUUCAAUUUGUUCCGCUCAAUUUUUUCUAAUUAAAAAAAAAAA